AUGAAACGAUGUGCGGACUUAACGACCACGCCAAUCAAACAAAUACACUACGACCACGCUUACCAAACAAAUAAAUUAGACACUACGACCUCGCCAACCACACCAAAUUCACCAGACAUUACGACAACGCCGACCACACGAAUAAAACCAUACAUUUAUACCACACUGACCACAUCAAAUACACCAGACACUACGACCUCGACAACCACUCCAAAUAAACAAGACACUACGACCGCGCCGACCACUCCAAAUAAACCAGACAUUACGACCACGCCGACCACUCCAAAUAAACAAGACAUUACGACCACGCCGACCACUCCAAAUAAACCAGACAUUACGAUCACGCCGACCACUCCAAAUAAACAAGACAUAACGACCGCGCCGACCACUCCAAAUAAACAAGACAUAACGACCACGCCGACCACACCAAAUAAACAAGACAUUACGACCACGCCGACCACACCAAAUAAACAAGACAUUACGACCACGCCGACCACACCAAAUAAACAAGACAUUACGACCACGCCGACCACACCAAAUAAACAAGACAUUACGACCACGCCGACCACUCCAAAUAAACAAGAAAUUACGACCACGCCGACCACUCCAAAUAAACAAGAAAUUACGACCACGCCGACCACUCUAAAUAAACCAGAGUUUACGACCACGCCGACCACUCUAAAUAAACCAGAGUUUACGACCACGCCGACCACUCUAAAUAAACCAGAGUUUACGACCACGCCGACCACUCUAAAUAAACAAGACAUUACGACCACGCCAACCACUCUAAAUAAACAAGACAUUACGAUCACGCCGACCACUCUAAAUAAACCAGAGUUUACGACCACGCCGACCACUCUAAAUAAACCAGAGUUUACGACCACGCCGACCACUCUAAAUAAACCAGAGUUUACGACCACGCCGACCACUCCAAAUAAACAAGACAUUACGAUCACGCCAACCACUCUAAAUAAACAAGACAUUACGAUCACGCCAACCACUCUAAAUAAACAAGACAUAACGAUCACGCCGACCACUCUAAAUAAACCAGAGUUUUCGACCACGCCGACCACUCUAAAUAAACCAGAGUUUACGACCACGCCGACCACUCCAAAUAAACAAGACAUUACGAUCACGCCGACCACUCCAAAUAAACAAGACAUUACGAUCACGCCGACCACUCUAAAUAAACCAGAGUUUACGGCCACGCCGACCACUCUAAAUAAACCAGAGUUUACGACCACGCCGACCACUCUAAAUAAACCAGAGUUUACAACCACGCCUACCACUCCAAAUAAACAAGACAUUACGAUCACGCCAACCACUCUAAAUAAACCAGACAAAAACAUGGAACUGUGUAUCAAGGCCGGCUUAAAGAACUUCAUUUUUGAAAUCGUCACUGAUAAACGUUUGAACGUAGAAAAGUCAACACAUCUCCGUGAAAUCGUAGUCCCUAGUGACUACAAAACAGCGAAAGGGUCUCUUUUUAAGGCAAGGGCGCUGAAUUAUUGUCUUAUGCCCACUGUCAACACGCUUUCACCGGAAGACUGGAUUGUCCAUCUUGACGAAGAAACUCAAAUAACGGAAGAAGUAGUUCACGGGAUCGUUGAAUUCAUCAGCAAGCCAAAUUCCAAAAUCGGCCAAGGCGUGAUUGUUUACGGAGGACUCGAAGUUGAGAACUGGAUAACAACACUUUUGGAUGGAAUUCGUACCAGUAAGGACUAUGGCAUUCUGCGAUUGUCUUUCCAGUUCUUCAGAAGACCACUUCACGGGCUCAAAGGCUCCUUUGUUGUUGUAAAGUCGUCUGUUGAGGAGGAAAUUACGUUCGACUUUGGUCCACGUGAGUGUAUAGCCGAGGAUCUCCGAUUCGCGCUGACGGCCUGGGAUUUGGGAUAUAAGUUUGACUUUGUAGAGGGCAUCAUGCUGGAAAAGAGUCCGUUCACCAUGUCAGACUACGCCAAGCAACGAAACACCGCCGUGAAGUACUCCGACUGA